CAACCUUGGACUCCCGGAGGCGACGGUCCGGAUGCGGAGAGAAAAAGAGAGAUCGCGGCCAGCAGGAGCGAACCUUGGCCAAGUUGAGACAUUGUCUUUAAAUUAAGGGUAUCUGCAACAUCUGUGGUUGUUUUAAAAAACCAAAAGAAUUUGCCUUUUUCUCAAGCGGAACUUUGAGGUUAUCGCGUGUGAGAAGAGGCGGAUUUGCAGACGGGGUCUUCUUGCUAGGGGACCCUUUUGGAGAAGACCCGGCUGGGUCUGCGGCUCAUGUAGAAGGAGCAGACAGACCAGAAAAGAUGGACACUUUCAGCACCAAGAAUCUGGCUCUGCAAGCUCAGAAGAAGCUUCUGAGCAAGAUGGCGUCCAAAAACAUAGCCAGCAUCUUCAUUGAUGACACCAGCAGUGACAUCCUGGACGAACUGUACCGGGUCACCAAGGAGUACACGAGGAACCGCAAGGAAGCCCAGAAGAUCAUCAAGAACCUGAUCAAGGUGGUCAUGAAGCUGGGUGUCCUCUACCGCAACGGACAGUUCAAUGCAGACGAGCUGGCCCUCAUGGACCGCUUCCGGAAGAAGUUGCACACUUUGGCCAUGACCGCCGUCAGCUUCUACCAGAUAGACUUCACCUUCGACCGGCGGGUCCUGUCCAACAUGCUCAAGGAGUGCUCCGAGUUGCUCCACCAGGCGGUCAACACCCACCUGACGGCCAAGUCCCACUCGCGCAUCAACCACGUCUUCAACCACUUUGCGGACUACGAGUUCCUCUCGGCCCUCUACGGGUCUUCCGAGCCUUACCGCAUGCACCUGCAGAGGAUCUGCGAAGGGCUCAACCAAAUGCUUGAUGAAGGGAACAUCUGAGAGCCCAGCCUGCCAACUUUCAGAAAGCUUUUGGUGUUGGCGAGGGAAUAUCAGGAGAUGGUUGUUGAUUUUGGUGGCCUCCACUUAGACUUCUCCAUGCUGUACGGCACAAAGCAUCUUGUGGUCUUUUGGUAUUCGGCUUGGUAAUGCUUAAGGGCUUGUGGGGAGGGUGUUGUUCCUGGUUCAAAUGUUCUGUCCUCCUCCACCACCUCAUCUGGGAAUGUUAAGGCUAGUAGGAAAGGAUAUAUUGAUUAAGUAUUAUCUUUUCUUCACUCACGUUAGUGAGUCAUGUAGCAGAGCAGAUCCCUCUCAAUACAGCAGGAAGCUAGUUUGCAGAUUCAUUUGAAUCUCUUUAGUCAAGUAAUCCAAUUUGGCUUGGCCAGAUGGAUUAUUCCUGGUGUCCCCUUCGAUCCCUCUUAAAAGACACAAGAGCCUUUCCUUAAAAGUAACAAGAAGUUUAUUCACAUUCAGUUCACAGUAUGAUCCCUGAAGGCAGACUUUAGCUUGUACGUAGUUACAGAACACAGUGUGAGUUCAUCCCUUAUGGGGAUUGAGCCCAUGUGCUGCUGGCUGAGAGCCAGCAGACAGCAAAAAUACAUUAAGAGAACAGCAUCAAGAGAAGAAAAUGGCUGUAGGAGAGCAGCAUCGCAGCAAGAGAGAGACAGACUGGCUGUGUGACUCGGCUCUUUUAUGGAGUCAGUCAGGGCCGCACCCAUCUCCCAGGUGAAAUGCAGGGGGGGGAGCUCCAGACCAGUGGAACAGGAAGUUAUACUGACUGGAGUAACACCCCCUGCUUGUGCCCACUCUAGGGAAACAAGGAAUGUUGUAUUGGACUGCGCCAAUGGAUCACAUCCCACACCUCAUUCCCGCGAAAUGAAGUGGUUUUGCAAAGACCUUCCCUUACCACCAGAUGGAAGCUGGGUCUGAAUCCGGCCUUCUCCAAAGCAGGUGGUUUGUUUUACAGGGUCAUCAGGCUGAAAGACUCCCUAGCUUAGCAUCCUGAUUCCAACAGCGGACAGGCAGGUGGUUUGGGGAAGCUCUCGUGGCAAUUUGAGCUAAGAAGUUGUCACACCCCUUCCUCUUCCUAAACACUGCAGGGUGGGAGGAAAGAUUUAUUCAGCCCUGCAGCUUGGCAGCACUUACUCAGAUACAGUGGUACCUUGGUUUACAACCAUAAUCCGUUCUGGAGGUCUGGUUGUAAACCAAAACAAGUUGUAACCCAAGGCGCGCUUUCACCAAUGGGACCUCCCAAAAAAAUAUAUGGGUUGCAAUCCAAAAAAAGGGACACGCACUUCCGGGUUUGACAUGGUUGUAAUCCAAAACGGUUGUAAUCCAAGACGGUUGCAAACCGAGGUACCACUGUAUCUUUGGCCAGUUCACAAGCCAGGCAAUCCCAUUCCUUGGUCCUCAUUCCUUCAUGAAUUUGGUCGACCCUUUUUAAGGGUGUCUGAAGGUCACGGCAUUGCAAUCAGAGCGAAAGUAUACCUAGCACUGUGCUAGUUUGGUUUGGCAAUCUCUGAACUACACCUGGAAGCAGUUCCCAGAAUUUCUAGGUGAACAGAAUGUGAAUUAAGUUCAUUUUGGGGUAUAAUCUGGAACAAUUUCAGGGUCAUCUUCAAGUUUAUUCUUUUACAUGUGUUGUUGAGUUUUGUUUUGUUUUGUUUUUUACUCUUUAGACUCUUUGAGCCUUUAAGCUCACAGAUCAUAAUUGUCGGGGGAAAUAAAUUAAACCAUCCACA